CCCAUUCGGCCGGCCAAUCGCGGAGCAAUGUCUAUGGUUGUUGAUUCUUUCAAGUUCUUGCGUCAUCCGGUAUCAUCUCCCCUCUCUCGGCCAUUGUCUUGAGAUAUCGUCCACGAGUGGAAGCCUGCGGGCUGAAUCAGUACUUGGUUGAUUUUGCGAUCUGCACCGUGACUCCGGCAGCUGGGACUGUGUGGUAGCAUCAGCUUCUGCCACACCUUCCGCCAUGGGAGUCCUUCGAUCGCGCGACAGCGGUUCCGACCUCCGCGGCUCGGGGAUGGCCUCGCAUCAUUCAGCCCUCAAUGACGAUAUAGAGCCAGCCGGAAUGGAGAUUCCAGUCGAACAUGCCCACAAUGGCAGUCCUCCACGGUCCUCGGUUUUGGAUUCUACUGUGUCCGGUGGUACCAGUUAUCGGACUCCAAGCAGGUCCUUCUUCCAUCGGUCAUUUCAUAACUCUGCAGAUCCGGCGCAUUAUUCGUCCCAUGGUAUGCGAGAACAAACCGCUGAACUGGCAUCCUUCGCCUUGUCGCAAGAAUCGAACACACUUCCCCCGUCGCUGGAUGUGUUCCACCCUCCUCGCGAAGCGUCACUUUCUUCGACUCCAGCUCCGAUCGCGACAGCUGCAGCCAAGGCUCGGCUUGAGGCUGGCCCUUCGUCCAUUCCGACCACUGGCUCCUCGGUACUGACACAAUUGAUCCAGAAUCCCGACACCUCGGAAUCAAGCCAGACCGAGCAAUACAACCCCGAAGAGUGGGAGAGGGCAAGCGAUAGUACCGUCUCCGAGGAUGAUCUACCAAUAAUCACCGGUAGAGAAACUGUGAGCACAGAGCAAACCUCAUUGUUACCCAAGUCAUCCCAGACAAAGCCGUAUCAAGGCUACGGCGCUGCAGGUGAUAUUGAGAACCAAGGAUAUGCGGGCACAAAGGGACCGAGCGCUUUUUUCAGUGCUUUUUCAAGUCUCACUACGUGUUUCCGGGUCGUAGCAAACCCGAAGCCGUGGGACAAACAGACCGUAUGGCGAGAGGGGGUCAUUUAUCCCCUCAGUCUGUUACCAUCGGUGUUCCUUGGUUUGUUGCUCAACAUACUCGAUGCUCUAUCCUACGGGAUGAUCCUCUUUCCAUUGAGUGAGCCGAUAUUCUCUGAUCUCGGGUCCGAUGGUAUCUCCAUGUUCUACGUCAGCACGAUCAUCGCCCAGCUUGUUUUCUCUUGUGGGGGCUCUAUCUUUCGCGGCGGCAUCGGGAGUGAGAUGAUCGAGGUUGUACCUUUCUUCCACCAGAUGGCAUUCACGAUCCUGAAUCGAGUCGGGGCAGAUAACCCGCAGUCUGUUCUGGCCACCACUAUCCUAGCGUUCUCGGUCAGUUCGGUCCUUACAGGCUUGGUAUUCUUCCUUAUGGGAACCUGCAAGCUAGGGGCCCUAAUCGGGUUCUUUCCAAGACAUAUUCUCAUUGGGUGCAUUGGCGGUGUGGGCUUUUUCCUCUUGUUGACUGGUGUCGAAGUCUCAGCUCGACUACCGGGGUCUUUUGAGUUCACUUUGGCAACGAUGGAGAAGCUUGUGCAACUGGACACUGUCUUUCUUUGGAUGGUACCCUUGUUUCUCGCGAUAGGCUUGCUUGUUCUGAAGCGUUUUCUGCAUUCAAACUUCCUGCUCGGUGGCUAUUUCAUUUGCGUGGCCGUCAUAUUCUACAUUAUCGUUCUCAGCGCCGGAAUCUCCAUGAGCACUCUGCGCAACAAAGGAUGGGUUUUUGAUGCUCCGUCUUCUUCGAACCCCUGGUAUCAUUUCUAUACCCUCUAUGACUUUUCUGCUGUUGAUUGGGCCGCGUUUGUCGACACAAUCCCAGCAAUGUUCGCGCUUACUUUUUUCGGUGUACUUCAUGUGCCCAUCAAUGUGCCUGCCCUAGGCAUAUCUACUGGCGAGGAUAAUCUUAAUGUUGACCGUGAGCUUAUCGCCCAUGGUGUCACCAAUGCCUUGUCUGGCUUUUCCGGGAGCAUCCAGAACUACCUGGUGUAUACUAACAGUCUGUUGUUCAUCGAUAGUGGUGGUAACUCCCGCUUAGCAGGUAUUAUGCUCGCAGCUGCGACUGCUGGAAUUCUUGUCGUCGGUCCGGCGAUUGUCGGCUUCAUCCCGGUCAUGGUCGUUGGUGCUCUCAUUUUCCUGCUUGGAAUUGAGCUCAUGCAGGAGGCCUUGGUUGACACAUGGGGCAAAUUGCAUCGGCAUGAAUACGUGACGGUUGUCAUCAUUGUUGCGACUAUGGGCGCUUGGGAUUUUGUUGUCGGCAUUCUUGUUGGUAUUAUUCUUGCCUGUUUAAGUUUCGUGGUGCAGACGUCUCGCAAAUCUGCUAUCCGUGCUACUUUCUCGGGCGGGAUCACUGGGUCUACAGUCAGACGUCCUCCUAUCCAGCAACGAUUCCUGAAGGAAGCCGGCCAACAAACUCUUAUCAUUAAGCUUGGCGGAUACCUCUUCUUUGGUACCAUCGUGAGCGUCGAGAACACUAUGAGAGGAUUGAUUGAGGAAGAGGCAUUUGACCGACGGCCCAUCCGAUUCCUGAUCCUCGACUUUUCGCGGGUGUAUGGCAUUGACUUUUCUGCGGCCGAGGCGUUCACCCGUAUCAACCGGAUCCUCAGGAAACGGAACGUCCAGAUGAUCAUUUCGGGUCUCGACGUGGGAGGGGAGGUGGGACGCAGUCUCCAGAAUGUGGGCUUGUUUGAGGCUGUGACAGGUGUGGAGAUCUUUGAAGAUUUGAACUCGGCGCUGGAAUUCUGCGAGAAUGACUACCUGAAGGUGUUCUACAGCCACAGGGAAGCGUUACUGAGGAAAAAGCAUGGAACAUCCACGACAUUCCUAGAAGUACCCACCGCGCAAACCCCAUCCCAUCUCGGCGAUGCGAUGGUCAGCUCUCCCCGCCAGCGAUACUUACAGCAAGCCGCAAGAACCACUCUCCGCGAAGAUGAUGUCGCUGUAGUUGCGCCCGCAGCAUGGUCUUCUAUGCGUCAGCCCCUUCCGCUGCUCCUUCAAACCUUCCAAGGAAUCACCUCUCAGAAUGAAGACUUUUGGUUCCCCGUCUGCACCUACUUUGUUCGAGAAAGUUACGCAGCAGGCACUGUCUUGUUCCGCGAAGGUGAUGUUCCGAUGGGCUUCUACCUUCUAGAGUCUGGAAUGCUUCGCGCUGAGUAUGAACUACCCCAAGGUCGAUACUUCGAAAUCAUUGUGGCUGGUCGACCGUGCGGCGAGCUGCCCUUCUUCAGUGAGACUCGCCGGACGGCGACCGUCAAGGCUGAACAGGACUGCGUGAGUUGGUGCUUGAGCAUGGACAAGUGGCAUGAGUUGCGUGAGAACGAGCCGGAAAUUGCGAGAGAGCUUUUGACGGUUAGUCUUAAAUUGACCACGGAACGGAUGGAUAGUAUUACCUCUUACGUUCUCACCACAGCGGCGUGAUGGCUGUUUGACUGACCUGGAUGUCUGGACUGGGUUUGCCUAUAGUGGCAUGUUUUGGUAUAUUCGUCUCGCAUAGCAUAUUGGUGGUCGAUGUUCUUGUUAAA